AUGUCUGAAGAGGAAAUGCCGGAAAAACAUCACCAUAAAGAUAAGAAGAAUAAAAAGAAAAAGAAGAAAGAGAAGCAUAGUAAGAAAGAGAAACACAGUAAGAAGGAGAAAAAGAAGAAAAAAAAGAUUUCUUCAAGUGAGUCAUCAUCUUCAGAAGAAGAAUGGGUGGAAAAAAUCUCGCCAGAAGAAGCCUUGGCUAAAAAAGAUGCCAGCAAAUCUGUUGACUCAGAUGUAGAAGACGAAUUUGGACCUCUACCUAAAAGUCAUGGUACACUCACUCAUAGAGAAAUGGGUGGUGCACUGUUACCAGGUGAAGGUGCAGCAAUGGCUGCUUACGUUGCUGAGGGCAAACGUAUACCAAGAAGAGGUGAAAUCGGACUGACUUCAGAGGAGAUUGAAACAUUUGAGAGUGUUGGAUAUGUUAUGUCUGGCUCUAGGCAUAGGAGGAUGGAAGCAGUUCGUAUAAGAAAAGAAAACCAAAUUUACUCAGCAGAUGAAAAACGAGCUUUAGCUACAUUCAGCAAGGAAGAACGACAGAAGAGAGAAAACCUGAUUUUGGGACAAUUCAGAGAAAUGAUCAGCUCAAAACUGGCUGGGAAGAAACAGUAG